CUCAGCCAGUAACAGCUUCUCUACUUCCCGGAUGAAGGGCGGCCCCUGAAGCCAGCAGCAAAGCCAAUCCUUCCCCCCCCCCAAAGCCACAACCCCUGAAGUCUCCUGGCAGCUAACAGCCCUGACUUACAGGACCUGCCAGAGGAGAAGUGCUCCCAACGGAGAUUCAGCAGGUGUUAGCUGGUCCCCAUGUCAGUCAACCUCAGCUCUGGGCCGGGCCCCUCGGAGGGUUCCACUCCAGGGCCCCACCAUGACUUGGGAGAGAUCCACAACUGGACUGAGCUGCUGAAUUUUCUCAAUCACACGUUGUCUGAGUGCCACGUGGAUCUCAACGAGAACAUCAAGCGGGUGGUCCUCUUUGUCCUCUACCUGGCCAUCUUUGUGGUGGGGCUGGUGGAGAACCUCUUGGUGAUAUGUGUCAACUGGCGCCACUCGGGCCAAACAGGCCUGCUAAACCUCUACAUCUUCAAUAUGGCAGUGGCAGACCUGUGCAUCAUCCUGUCCCUGCCCGUGUGGAUGUUGGAGGUCACCCUGGACUACACCUGGCUCUGGGGCAGCUUUUUCUGCCGCUUCACUAAUUACUUCUACCUUGCCAAUAUGUACAGCAGCAUCUUCUUCCUCAUGUGCCUUAGCGUGGACCGCUAUGUCACUGUCACCUGUCACUCUCCCAUCUGGCAGUGCCAUCAGCAUCGAAUACGACGGGCUGUGUGUGCAGGUGUCUGGUUCCUUGCAGCCAUUAUGCCACUGCCAGAGGUGGUACACAUCCAGUUGUUGGAGGGCUCCGAGCCCCUAUGCAUCUUUCUGCCUUUGGAGACAUACAACACCUGGACUCAGGUGGUAUCCCUGUCCACCACCAUCCUGGGCUUCCUGCUGCCUUUCCCUUUCAUCGCCAUCUUCAAUGUGCUCCUGGCCUGCCGGCUUCGGAGACAAGGGCAGUCUGAAGGCUGGCGCUACAGCCUGCUGGUGUGUGGCUACAUCACCGUCUUUGUCAUCUGCUGGCUGCCCUACCACGUGACUCUGCUAAUGCUCACUGUGCAAGGGAUCUACACCUCCCUCCCUUGCUACCUGGCCCACCUGCUCUACUUCUACUAUGACAUCAUCGACUGUUUUGCCAUGCUGCACUGCGUCGCCAACCCCAUUCUGUACAACUUUCUCAGCCCUGCUUUCCGAAGCCGGCUUCGGAGCGUGGUGGUCCAUUACCUGCCUAAAGACCAGGCCAGGGCAGGGGCACAGGCUUCCUCCUCCUCCUCCACGCAGCACUCCAUCGUCAUCACCAAGGAAGGCAGUCCGCUCACCCUAGCAAACGCCCACCCUCUCCCCAACCCAAACUCCCAGAUGUCCUCUGGGCCCCCAACUCUGGACUCUGCCAUCGCAUAGCCAGCUGAGAUCAGUUCCAGGCUGUUUGGAUCCAGAAAGCAGAAGGAAGGGGAGGUGAGACUCGAUUUGCCAGACAGUAUCAGAGAUAGAGAACCUUGAUUGAACUUUUAAUUAAAUGAAAAUCUGAAUUUAAAAUUAUAUUUUAAAAUACAGAGGUGGGGAGAGGGAGAGGGUGGAAUGCAAAGAAAAACAAGUCCUUCCUUGGUGAUGUACUAUUUGCUUGGGUUUUUAUGUCAGGGGCCGGGCAGGGAGCAGGGAAGCAAAAUAAAUAAUAGAGACAGCCA